UGCUUGUUUUAUUUUUUUUUCAUACUAACAUAUUAGUUAAAAAUGAGCGAAGGCUACGAUUAUCUGUUCAAGUUCCUUGUGAUUGGCAAUGCUGGCGUCGGCAAGUCUUGCGUCCUGCACUCCUUCCUCGAGGGCAAGUUUAAGCAGGAGUCAUCGCACACCAUUGGUGUCGAGUUUGGCUCCAAGAUUGCCAAGCUCGGCGGCAAGACCGUCAAGCUUCAGAUCUGGGACACUGCUGGCCAGGAGCGCUUCCGCUCGGUCACCCGCUCGUACUACCGCGGCGCUGCUGGCGCUUUGCUCGUCUACGACAUUACCAACCGCGAGUCCUACAACGCUCUUGCCAACUGGCUGACAGACGCGCGCACUCUCGCUAGCCCAGACAUUGUUAUCAUCCUUGUUGGCAACAAGAAGGAUCUCGAGGACGACCGAGAGGUCACCUUCCUCGAAGCUAGCCGAUUUGCUCAAGAGAACGACAUUCUUUUCUUGGAAACUUCCGCUCUUACCGGCGAGAACGUCGACGAGGUCUUCAUGAAGUGCGGUCGUAACAUCCUUUCCAAGAUUGAGUCUGGCGAGCUCGACCCCGAGAAGAUGGGCUCUGGCAUUCAGUAUGGCGAUAACAAGAACGUCAAGGCACCGCUUGGCAACGCUGAGCGAACGGUCGAUCCCGCUGUUACUGGCGGCGCUUCCAAGCCCCCUUGCGCUUGCUGAUUCAGUGUCCGAGCCGAUACUUUCCAUUCACUCCCAUCAUAUCCUUUUCCCCCCCCCCAAAGGUCGCUUUUUUUUUAACAAACUUUGUUUGGUGUUUUGCGUUUGAUUUUUUUGAGUGUUUUUGUUUGGUUGUUCCCUUCCUUUUUUUUUGAGCGCUCCAUUGAUUCGUGCGUGAUUUGUCCUCAAUGUGUGUAUUGUCGAAUCUAUGGAUGUGGUCUGGUUUCCAACUCAAGUUUAUGCUUUGCUUUUUCUAGUUGGGAUGAGAUCUGGGACUGCUCGCUGAAGCAGAAUCGGAGAUUUCAGUUUUCUGCAUCAUUUGGUUGAGCUGUGCAAUAAAACUGGU